GCGGGCCGCCAUGGCGUCGCCCCCGCUGUCGGCGGCGGGCGGGAGCGGUGGCGAGCUCAGCUCGGGCUCCGAGGCGGCGGCCACGGGCGCGGCGCUGCCGGGCCGAGACCUGUCCGCGCUCUUCGAGCAGGCGGCCGAGCGGCUCCCCUCGCUGCUGCCCGCCGCCAGCAAGGAGCAGCUGCUCUACCUGUACGCCCGCUACAAGCAGGUGAAACUUGGAACCUGUAACACCCCCAAGCCAGGCUUCUUUGAUUUUGAGGGAAAGCAGAAAUGGGAGGCUUGGAAAGCCCUGGGAGAUACCAGCCCUCACCAAGCCAUGCAGGAAUACAUCGCUGCCGUGAAAAAACUCGACCCCAGUUGGAAUCCACAGACAACAGAGAAGAGGGGAAAGGAAAGCAAAACUGUAUUUGGAGGCCCAGUCAUCAGCUCAUUAUAUCAAGAAGAAGAAAUAAUCAGGGAAGAGGACAAGAACAUUUUUGAUUACUGCAGAGAAAACAACAUUGACUAUGUAACCAAAGCCAUUCAAUCAAAAAAAGUGGAUGUGAAUGUCACAGAUGAAGAGGGCCGGGCUCUGCUCCACUGGGCGUGUGACAGAGGACACAAGGAGCUGGUUUCAGUUCUGUUACAGAACGCUGCCGACGUGAACAUCCAGGUGGAGCAUGUUGACUUGCUGCUUGGUGCUGGAUCUGGCCCUGCUCUGGAGUUUGCAGCCCCUGGGCAGUGCCCAGGGCAGCCAUCUGUGGGGCAGCAGCAUUGAUGGGGCUGUCUCCUAAUCUCCCUGCUCCCAUCCACACGUGCUGUCCUGAUAUCCGACAGCCGGUCCCAUGUGGGCAUCGUGCCAGCAGUGACUUUACAGGCUUUGUGGCAGAGAUUAUUUAAAGGAGAUUAACCCUUCUAAACCCCUUAGAUUUUAAUUAUUUCUGUAUGUAUUUAUAAAACCUCCAGUCUGCUAGUUCCAGGGCACAACUGCCCCAGUCCCCAUCCUUAACCUGGAUUUGUGAAUAUACAAUGCACCCUUAUUGCAGGACAGGGGCUGGACUGGACAGGACUCCUUGGAUUGAUUUAUUUAUUGCCAUUCUGGAACAAUUCACAUCUGGAAUGAAAAUUAAACAUUAUGGUUUCAAAUUGUAAAAAGAGCUAAUAAUUUGAACCACCUUAAAAUACUAUUAGGGCAUUAAUUGAAUUGUUUGAGUCGAUGAGGCAUCUCUGGCUAAUUAUUUCAGUUAGGGCAGCUCUGUCAUUAAUGCCUCCCCACUGCCCAUGUUGUAAGCACAGAGAUCCCCUGGUUCUCUGAAGACAGGACUAUCUGUAAGGUUGAUGUACUGGAAGCCAGGAGAGGGAAGGACUGUUUCAUUCAGUCUCCUAGCAAGUUUAUUAUAUGUAUAAUGAUGUUAUGAAACCCUGUAGUCUAGAGAACUGUUGUGACUAGCAGGUAUUGGUUGUAGAAGGGGGGAAAAGAGUAUGCACUUCCAUCCUUUCAUGCUUUCUCUCCUAUUAGUCAUGUUACUGCUGGGCUAAUUAGUUUGUUAGAGCUAAGGAGUGAUGGAGGGAGUGUUUCCACUCUGCACAUGAGCUGUAAAAUGCAAAUAAAACCAGAAAUACCUUAUUUCUUAUUUCUUUACAGCACAACCUGGCUUAUCUUGGGUGAUGCACACAUUCAAAAGUAUAUAGAAUCUUAGAAUGGGUUGGAAGGGACCUUAAGGCCCAUACAGAUCCAGCCCCCAGCUAUGGGCAAGGACACCUCCCACCAUCCCAGGUUGCUCAGAGCCCCAUCCAGCCCAGCCUUGAACACUUCCAGGGAUGGGGCAGCCACAGCUUCUCUGGAAAAGCUGUGCCAGGGCCUCCCCACCCUCACAGUAUACCUGCCUGUUUUGUAAAUGCAAGCAAUAAAAGGUGAGUGUUGGAAGCAAAAAAACCCACAGCAUUAUGGACCCCAGUGAUCUGAGAAAAAAAUAGAGUCAUUUUGAAUGAAUUCCUUAAAAUCAGAUGAUUUUUAUUUAUUCUUGUCUCCUAAACAAGGAAAUAAACGCAGACAGUGCCAAGGAGUCCAUAAAUAAAUUUUGUUCUUGGAGAAUCUCUUUAAUAUGCACACAGUCCUGCUUCUGUGGUAGUGAACAUUUGACCAGUAGCAAUUAAUUUCUUAUCACAGUCUUUCUAUGAGGUAAGAAAACAUUAGUGUCUCCAUUAGGAAGUGGAGAACGGGAGCAAAUGACGUGCCCAGCUUCAUUCCCCUGCCCCACAGCUUGCCAAGAGCUGCUGGAGGGAGAGGGCAUUGCAGGGAUGCCUCCUGCUGCACAGCUCAGUGUUCCCUUCCAGGCAAGGUCCAUCCUCCUGAUCAAAUGAUAGACUCAGAAAACGUUCAAUAUCUGUAUAUUUCAGGAUAAGUAUGAUGAAUUUUCAGCAGCUUACUGUGAAGCAUACAGCAUUCCCUGUAUUGGCAGGUGGGGGAAAGAGAGAAGAAAAAAUAAUAAAGGUCCCUGCUAUUAA